AUGGCGGCUUAUGGCCAUGGAGGCCAGAGCCCAACCUCUCUAACAAGGACGUUAGAACGCGUCUUUGAUGAAGCCCAGCACACGGGGGAAAUCAACCUAAGCGGAAGAAAGAUUAAGGAAUGGCCAAAAGUCGCCAUGAAGUACGAUCUAUCGGAUACAAUACUCACAGACAUCUCCAAAAAUCGUUUCACAGAAAUCCCAUGUGAUCUAUGCAAUUUGCUGUCUACCACUAAGCUGCAGUGUUAUCACAAUGUGAUCAGGUGCCUACCAGAUAUGUUGAGACAGUUACAGGGAUUGACAUACCUCAAUGUCAGUCGUAACCAGCUUACGUUAAUUCCCCCGUUCAUCUGUGACUUGCAGUUCUUAGAAGUCCUUAUUGCCAGUAAUAAUAAACUAGUCUCCUUACCGGAAGAGAUAGGAAAACUAGAGAGACUCAUGGAGCUGGACAUCAGCUGUAAUGAGGUCACUCACUUGCCCAUACAAAUAGGAGAUUUGACCUCCUUAAGAUCGCUCAAUGUUCGUAGGAAUUUAUUAGUAGAAUUACCAGCAACAAUAGGACAGUUAAAGCUACGGCUUUUAGACUUUGCUGGGAACAAGAUAUCCACAAUACCAACAGAGUUUAGACAUAUAGACACACUUGAAGUGCUCAAAUUAGAAAAUAACCCCCUCACAAAACCUCCUGCACAUAUUUGCACAAAAGGUAGAGUCCACAUCAUGAAAUAUCUCCAAAUAGAAGCAAUAAGGGAAGAUAGAAAACGUGGAAUAUUAAAUGAAACAGAUAACCUGAGAAAAGAAUACAGGAAGUCGACAUCAUGGCAGCCCGUGGAAUAUAGCAAUGAAUUCCAGUACCCGCCAGAAUCCCCCAAAAGGCACACGUUUGCAGGGGCUGACUCUGGAUACAGUACAACAGACAGCAGCGACAAGUCCCGGUGGUCGGGAGAGAGCAUCGACAAAAGUCGGUGGUCACCCUCAGAGAUCACCAAUGGGCUAGAUGAAGCCAGCAGUUUGGCUGUAAGAGUUGCUUCCAUGAAAGAGCAGCGAAGUGAGAAAGUACGAGAAUAUCAGAGACGGUGGUCUCCUGAUGUUAACAACCCAAGCCCUGUUGGGAAAGCAGUGGCGCCAAACCUGCAGCAGGUUACAAGCCCAGGGGAGGAUUUUGUUCCACAGCCUGUCUUGUCAAAUAUGAAUUUAGAAGAUGAAUUUACCAGGGAGCUAAAUCGACAGCGGGCAGAUUAUGCUGCCAAAAAACGAGACGCUGAGCGUAUUCGUAGAGAGCAGGAGGAAGAAGAGGAGCGAGAAGAGAGGCGGAGGGCAGCACUCCGGCUACAGGAAGAGCAGAAGGUGCUACUGGACAGACAGAGGGAGGAGGCUCGCAGGAAAGCAGAGCCAAGCUAUGCUGCUGCUGUUGUUGUAAAUACUGUAAAUUACGAAGGAAAAGAGGAAUCAUCUAGUCCGCUCAAUCACAGGUUACCAAUGGAGAGUCCUGUCAUGCCGGAUGUCGCCUCCAGCACGCCACCAGCCGGGUACUUGGUGGAGGAUAAACAACGCUUUCACAAUAACAAUAACAACUACAGAGGGCACGAAGUCGUCAAUUCUUCCUUCCAAGAUGUGAACUCCAGUCAAGAAUCUCAAGACUAUGCUAGGAAUAACGGUGUGACGGAAUCUCCUGGUAGUCCUACGUCACCUGGACCAAGUUACACUUACCAGCCUCCAGUGAUAAAUCACAGUGGAACAGCAAAGGAAGAAUUUCACAAGCGUCGCGAAGCCUUGCUUCAGCAGCAGCGACAUGAAGCACAAAUGGUGCGUAGGCGUAUGGAAGAAGAAAAACAGCGCAUCAAAAAAAUUCAGAAAGAGGCUGUGCAUAAUUUUGUGUAUAGGAGAACAUCCACAGGGUCAAAGUCAGCAGACGAGAGCCUAGAUGUCUCCACCUGCAGCCAAGAUGGUACUGCUUCCACACCCACUACUAGUAUUACUCCUACUACCAACAAUAGUUCUUCCCUUAGUGGUGCUGGCAACUUUAACCUCUACCCCAGAAGUGCUUACUCACCCGGUGCUAGUCACACUCACCACAACGAGGAGGAGGGCGACAUCUAUUCCAGCCUCAACCCCAACUUCACGGUACGGAGACACAUGGAGAGAGUGAGGGAAGAAAUACAGCAGAUGGACAACCUAAGAAAGAACAUAGAAUGCAGAUUAAAAGUGACCUUGCCAGACGACCUCUCAGGAGCCCUCAAGGAUGGCGUCGUACUGUGCCAUCUAGCCAACCACGUGCGGCCGCGCUCUGUGCUCAGCAUACAUGUGCCCUCACCUGCAGUGAAAUACAAGUGA